CCUGCUAAAAGGAAUUUGAGGGAAUGAUCCUGCUGCUCACCGAGGGGAUCCACAGUGGCUUCCUGACGUCCGCUUUAAGGAAGUCCCAAAGUUAGCCCUACUUUUUUUGUGUGUGUGUGUGUGUGUGUGUUGUAUUCAUCCAGAAGAAGGCUUUGACUCGUGAUGUCUGGCGAGCAGGAGAGACAAGAGGCUAUGAACGUAUACUCGGUAACCCUCAGCGGCCCAGCGCCUUGGGGCUUCAGGCUGCAGGGUGGCAAGGACUUCAGCAUGCCCCUCACCGUGUCAAGGCUGACCCCGGGCGGGAAGGCAGCUCAGGCUGGUGUCGGGGUGGGAGACUGGGUGGUGUCCAUCGAUGACGCUAAUGCAGAGGACAUGACCCAUGUGGAGGCACAAAACAAGAUCAGAGCAGCAACAGACUCCCUCACCCUCACCCUCAGCAACUCAAAGCCUUCAGAAAAUGAGAAGGUGCAGACUCCAGAACAAAAUAACCUGCCCUGUUUUAUCCCCAACGACCGCAGCAAGAAGAGGCUGAUCCAGGACACUGAGGACUGGCAGCCCCGCACCGGCACCACCCAGUCCCGCUCCUUCCGCAUCCUGGCCCAGCUCACAGGCACCGACUUCAUGCAGGACCCAGAUGAUGAAACCAUGAAGAGGUCCAGGGAAAAGUUCCUCACUGAGAUUCAGAGUCCCCGCUAUGCCCGUCUGAGGGAUUGGCAUCACGACAGGUCUGCCCGCGCCCUCAAUAUCAAAUCCUGCCUUGAGCCAACUCCCUCACCUGCCAAGGCCCAGGCAGCAGAUAAACCAGAUGGCUCCAAGACUGCGGCUGCAGCAGCAGGCAGUUCAGGUCCUUCCAGUCGACCGCCGUGGGUCACUGACCCUAAUUUCGCCGACCGCUUUCGCCCAGACAAGACCAGCACCGUUGUGACCCAGCAUCAGCAGCCGGCCGAGCCGACGCCUAUGCAGAACCGCAGCUCCAUCCUGCAGGCAGCGCAGCAGGCACCUGAGGACAGUGGGAGGACCCCGUUAUGUGGCGCCUGCAACAAAAUCAUAAGGGGUCGGUACCUGGUGGCGCUUGGACGUUCUUGGCACCCUGAGGAAUUUACAUGUUCACAGUGUAAGGCGGUCCUGGAUGAGGGGGGCUUCUUCGAGGAGAGAGGGUCUGUCUACUGUACCAAGUGUCACGAUAACCGAUACGCUCCGAACUGCGCCAAGUGCAAAAAGAAGAUCACAGGGGAAAUCAUGCAUGCCCUGAAGAUGACCUACCACGUUCAGUGUUUCAAGUGUGCAGCCUGCAAGACUGCCAUCAGGAACCAAGCCUUUUACAUGGAGGAGGGUGAACCCUACUGUGAGAAAGACUAUGAGAAGAUGUUUGGCACCAAAUGCCAUGGCUGUGACUUUAAGAUUGAUGCCGGCGAUCGGUUUCUGGAGGCCUUGGGCUACAGCUGGCACGAUACGUGCUUCGUCUGUGCUCUCUGCCAAAUCAACCUGGAGGGGAAGACGUUCUACUCGAAGAAGGAUAAGCCCUUGUGCAAAGGCCAUGCCUUUGCUCCGGUGUGAGAGAGCGAGCUUCAUCUUCAGAGGAAGGAGCGCCUCUCUCUCUCCCUCCUCUUUACCCCACUCCGCCCUCCGGCACACUCGUACACACUCUACAUCUCCUCUUCGCCAGCCACACACCUAGUUAAAACUCCGUCUUUUUUCUAUCUUGCAGACUUUGUUUGUAUAUUUGAGGCUUAAUGUUAGCUUCACAUACUCUGACUUUACUGUGCUAUUAAGACAAUUCAGACAUUACUGCCUGUAAUACCAAAUGCUGUGUUGUAUAACUGGAAGUAGUUGAGGAAUUAUUUCAUGUCAUCAGUAACUUUGGACAUUAAAAAUACAGCUGCAGUCAUCUAGACUUAAUCAUAGUUGUUAGUUAAAAAUACUCACGACUCACUCUAAUCUCCUCCUUGUUCAGUCAGAAGUAAGAUCAAGUCGGUAUCUUCCUAGUUGGAGGAGUCACUUAGCCUUUAAUAAUCUCACAUAUUGCAGUAAUGAUCUGCCACCGCUGCUGUACUAAGUGUAGAGAAGUGGUGGCUCCAUUCAGGACCCCGGCCCACUCACCGACUCUUAUUGCAGUGCCUAUUAACGUAAUGGGGGUCCAGUCAAGCAUAAAAGGGGGUGUCCCAUUUCUGCCUGACUGGACCCCCACACCUCUCCACAGAAGCACUAACUGCUUUACUUAUCACUUUGGCUCCGGCACACUGCAGUUAAUAACUGUAAUUUUGAUCAUGUAAUAAUCCUUAAUUGAUCCAGAUUGAAUAGUCCAAGAUGUAGGUGACAGACACAGCGCUAUUAUUGUUCUUAAAUGUUUCACACUCCUGCGGUAAGGACAUUUGUCAAAGCUUUGAAAAUAUCAUUUAUUGGACAUUUUAAUGUAAGAAAAACAUGUUUGUCCCUCAUGUUCCAAUGAUGUUGUGAUUGUUCCAUAGAGUACUUUCAAGCCAUUGUUUAUUGUGUAUUUAUAUUGCUUCAGAACGGGCCUGUAAGUGUUGUUUUUAUAGUUGCUGGACAUUUCAAAUAAAAUUAAUCCGUAAUUCCUCGUGCUGGGGGAGAUCA